GUCUUGUCCUGCAGCACAGCAGAUAUAACACACACUUCUCUGUGUGUGUGUGUGUGUGUGUGUGUGUGUGUGUGUGUGUGUGUGUGUGUGUGUGUGUGUGUGUGUGUGUGUGUGUGUGUGUGUGUGUGUGUGUGUGUGUGUGUGUGUAAUCCUCCUGUCAUGUAACUCAUCCUCAUAAUCACUCAUAACCACCAGAGGAGGAGGAGAUAAAAGAGAAGAAGAAGAAGAAGAAGAAGAAGAAGAAGAAGAGGUCCACCUGAGGAAACUUCACAAGGCCCCGGGGCCCGCCAGUGUGUGAUGCCCACAGAGGACCUGGUGGCACAGAUGCAGCCCUCGGUGUCCCCCGGCAUCCAGAGGAGGCACACACUUCCUGCCAGCGAGGUGCGCCCGCUCAACACCCAAGAUGCCAUCAGCGUCUUUGAGAUCGAGCGAGAAGCCUUCAUCUCGGUGUCGGGCGAGUGUCCCCUCCACCUGGACGAGGUGCGUCACUUCCUCACGCUGUGUCCGGAACUCUCCAUGGGCUGGUUCGAGGAGGGCCGGCUGGUGGCCUUCAUCAUCGGCUCGCUGUGGGACCGCGAGCGCCUCGCCGACGAGGCCCUGACCCUCCACAAGCCCCGCGGCUCCACCGUGCACAUCCACGUGCUGGCGGUGCACCGCACCUUCCGGCAGCAGGGCAAGGGUCCCAUCCUGAUGUGGCGCUACCUGCAGUACCUGCGCUGCCUGCCCAGCGUGCGGCGCGCCGUGCUCAUGUGCGAGGACUUCCUGGUGCCCUUCUACCGCAAGUCGGGCUUCAAGGCGCUGGGCCGCUGCGCCAUCACCGUGGGCAGCCUGAGCUUCACGGAGAUGUGCUACCCCAUCAGCGGCCACGCCUACAUGAGGCGCAACAGCGAGGCCAUCCGCUUCCCCGCCACGCUGCUGACCGUGCCGCUGCCCGUGCCGCCGCCCGACGCCCAAGACCCCGUGGACGUAUGAUCCGGGAAGUAUUCCACGUUUUGUUAUAGCCUCCUUCCAAAAUCUAACACAUUCGUUUUUGUCCUCAAAAUUCUACACACAAUGUUACUAUGGCAACGUGACAAAUGUAAGAAAAUGUUAAAUACGUGCUCGCUCGCUGGCCACUUCAUUAGGUACCUUUGCCCAGUCAUAGUGGAAAUAGAUGGGAGGUGUAACCAAAAUGCAAAUGUAACCAGAAAAGCUCGGAUUGUUGCUAAUAUUGUCAUUCAUUCAUUCAUUAAGUGACGUCAGAACAAGUCAAAGUCCACAAUUUAAACAGUUUGUUCAAGUAGUGUUGAUGAAAGUCACUUUUAUGGUUGAAAAACAAAAUGGCAGCAAUUUUACUGUAAAAAUAACAGUGGUACCUUUUUUCUAUUUACAGUAAUGCACUGUAAAAACAACGAUUUUUAUGGUAAAAAAUUUUAAAAACUGCAGCUCAGUCGCCAGAAUUUUAUCAUAAAAAUAAAAAUGGGACUUUUUUAAUUUACGGUAAUGCACUGUAAAAAAAAAAAAAAAAAAAGUCGAUUUUACGGUAAAAACCUGGCAGCUCAGUCGCCCGAAUUUUACGAGAAAAAUAAAAGUGGUGCCGUUUUUUUAAUUUACAGUAAUGCACUGUAAAAAAAAAAAAAAUGUAAUGUAGAUUUUACGGUAAAAACCUGGCAGCUCUGUCGCCAGAAUUUUAUCAUAAAAAUAAAAAUGGUACUAUUUUUGAUUUACAGAGUGCACUGUAAAUAAAAAAGUAGAUUUUACGGUAAAAACCUGGCAGCUCAGUUGCCAGAAUUGUAUCAUAAGAAUAAAAGUAUUUUUAAAUUUACAGUAAUGCACUACAAACAACAAUGUAGAUUUUAUGGUAAAAAAUUAAAUAAAAACUGGCAGCUCAGUCGCCUGAAUUUUACAAGAAAAAUAAAAGUGGUGCCGUUUUUUCAAUUUACAGUAAUGCACUGUAAAAAAAAAAAGGAGAAAAAAAGUAGAUUUUACGGUAAAAACCGCCAGCUCAGUCGCCCAAAUUUUACCAGAAAAAUAAAAGUGGUGCGUUUUUUGAAUUUACAGUAAUGCACUGUAAAAAAAAAAAAAAAAAGGAAAAAAAAGUAGAUUUUACGGUAAAAACCUGGCAGCUCAGUCACCAGAAUUUUAUCAUUAGAAUAAAACUAUUUUUGAAUUUACAGUAAUGCACUGUAAAAACAACGAUUUUAUGGUAAAAAAAUUAAAAACUGCAGCUCAGUCGCCAGAAUUUUAUCAUAAAAAUAAAAAUGGUACUAUUUUUUAAUUUACAGUAAUGCACUGUAAAAAAAAAAAAAAGAGUAGCUUUUAAGGUAAAAACCUGGCAGCUCAGUUGCCAGAAUUUUAUCAUAAGAAUAAAAAUAUUUUUGAAUUUACAGUAAUGCACUACAAACAACAAUGUAGAUUUUUUGGUAAAAAAAAAAACAGAAACCUGGCAGCUCAGUCGCCUGAAUUUUACGAGAAAAAUAAAAGUGGUGCCGUUUUUUUAAUUUACACUAAUGCACUGUAAAAAAAAAAAAAAAAUUAAAUGUAGAUUUUACGGUAAAAACCUGGCAGCUCAGUCGCCAGAAUUUUAUCAUAAAAAUAAAAAUUGUACUAUUUUUGAUUUACAGAGUGCACUGUAAAUAAAAAAAGUAGAUUUUACGGUAAAAACCUGGCAGCUCAGUUGCCAGAAUUGUAUCAUAAGAAUAAAAGUAUUUUUAAAUUUACAGUAAUGCACUACAAACAACAAUGUAGAUUUUAUGGUAAAAAAUAAAAUAAAAACCGGCAAUUCAGUCGCCCGAAUUUUACCAGAAAAAUAAAAGUGGUGCCGUUUUUUGAAUUUACAGUAAUGCACUGUAAAAAAAAAAGGAAAAAAAAGUAGAUUUUACAGUAAAAACCUGGCAGCUCAGUCGCCAGAAUUUUAUCAUUAGAAUAAAACUAUUUUUGAAUUUACAGUAAUGCACUGUAAAAAAAAAAAAAAAAGUCGAUUUUACGGUAAAAACCUGGCAGCUCAGUUGCCAGAAUUUUAUCACAAGAAUAAAAAUAUUUUUGAAUUUACAGUAAUGCACUACAAACAACAAUGUAGAUUUUUUGGUAAAAAAAAAACAGAAAACUGGCAGCUCAGUCGCCCGAAUUUUACGAGAAAAAGAAAAGUGGUGCCGUUUUUUUAAUUUACAGUAAUGCACUGUAAAAAAAAAAAAAAAUUAAAUGUAGAUUUUACGGUAAAAACCUGGCAGCUCAGUCGCCAGAAUUUUAUCAUAAAAAUAAAAAUUGUACUAUUUUUGAUUUACAGAGUGCACUGUAAAUAAAAAAGUAGAUUUUACGGUAAAAACCUGGCAGCUCAGUUGCCAGAAUUGUAUCAUAAGAAUAAAAGUAUUUUUAAAUUUACAGUAAUGCAGUACAAACUACAAUGUAGAUUUUAUGGUAAAAAAUAAAAUAAAAACCGGCAGCUCAGUCGCCCAAAUUUUACCAGAAAAAUAAAAGUGGUGCCGUUUUUUGAAUUUACAGUAAUGCACUGUAAAAAAAGGAGGAAAAAAAGUCGAUUUUACGGUAAAAACCUGGCAGCUCAGUUGCCAGAAUUUUAUCAUAAGAAUAAAAAUAUUUUUGAAUUUACAGUAAUGCACUACAAACAACAAUGUAGAUUUUAUGGUAAAAAAAAACAGAAAACCGGCAGCUCAGUCGCCCGAAUUUUACGAGAAAAAUAAAAGUGGUGCCGUUUUUUUAAUUUACAGUAAUGCACUGUAAAAAAAAAAAAAAAAAUUAAAUGUAGAUUUUACGGUAAAAACCUGGCAGCUCAGUCGCCACAAUUUUAUCAUAAAAAUAAAAAUUGUACUAUUUUUGAUUUACAGAGUGCACUGUAAAUAAAAAAGUAGAUUUUACGGUAAAAACUUGGCAGCUCAGUUGCCAGAAUUGUAUCAUAAGAAUAAAAGUAUUUUUAAAUUUACAGUAAUGCACUACAAACAACAAUGUAGAUUUUAUGGUAAAAAAUAAAAUAAAAACCUGGCAGCUCAGUUGCCAGAAUUGUAUCAUAAGAAUAAAAGUAUUUUUAAAUUUACAGUAAUGCACUACAAACAACAAUGUAGAUUUUAUGGUAAAAAAUCAAAUAAAAACCGACAGCUCAGUCGCCCGAAUUUUACCAGAAAAAUAAAAGUGGUGCCGUUUUUUGAAUUUACAGUAAUGCACUGUAAAAAAAAAUUUAAAAAAAGGAAAAAAAAGUAGAUUUUACGGUAAAAACCUGGCAGCUCAGUCGCCAGAAUUUUAUCAUAAGAAUAAAACUAUUUUUGAAUUUACAGUAAUGCACUGUAAAAAAAUUAAAAAAAAGUAGAUUUUACGGUAAAAACCUGGCAGCUCAGUUGCCAGAAUUGUAUCAUAAGAAUAAAAGUAUUUUUAAAUUUACAGUAAUGCACUACAAACAACAAUGUAGAUUUUAUGGUAAAAAAUAAAAUAAAAACCGGCAGCUCUGUCGCCCAAAUUUUACCAGGAAAAUAAAAGUGGUGCCGUUUUUUGAAUUUACAGUAAUGCACUGUAAAAAAAAAACGGAGAAAAAAAGUAGAUUUUACGGUAAAAACCUGGCAGUUCAGUCGCCAGAAUUUUACCAGAAAAAUAAAAGUGGUGCUGUUUUUUGAAUUCACAGUAAUGCACUGUAAAAAAAAAAAAGAAAAAAGAGUCAAUUUUACGGUAAAAACCUGGCAGCUCAGUGGCCAGAAUUUUAUCAUAAGAAUAAAAGUGGUACUAUUUUUAAUUUACAUUAAUGCACUGUAAAUAAAAAAGUAGAUUUUAUGGGGGGAAAAACUGGACGUUCAGUUGGUAGAAUAUCACUGUAAAUAUAACAGUGCUACCAUUUUUCAAUUUACAGUAAUGGACUGUAAAAAUAAAAAUGUUAUAUUUUAUGGUAAAAAAAAAAUUGGCAGCUCAGUCGCUCGAAUCUUAUCAUAAAAAUGAGAAUCUGUGAUAUUACGGAAGUGAAUGAUGUUCGAGUGGAACUGAAAUGCUAACGUUAGCAUGCCGACACUUGAAAUGUUAUAAGUACAAAGUGAUAUAACUGACACGUUGGCAGGCAAAAUUAGCUGGAAAAAGCUAGCAUACAUGCUAACAGUUAGCAUGUGUCACAUACCGAGUUUAAUGACUGCCAAAAUGGCUUUAAAAAUGAGCAUGCUAACAGUUAGCAUGUGUCAUGUACCAAAUGAUAUGACUCUGCGGUAAACGGUUGCAAAAUUAGCAGAUAAAAAGUUAACAUGCUAAAGUUAGCAUGCUAAAACAUUACUGUAAAUGUAACAGUGCUACCAUUUUUAUUUUCAUUUACAGUAAUGCACUGUAAAAAUAACCACCGGAGAUUUUACAUUAAAAAAAAUAAAAACAUUGCCAGGAAUUUACCUUAAAAAGAACACUGCUACCGUCUUUUUGAUUACUUUAACGUCCCAAAAACGGUAUUUUGCGGUAAAAAGAAAACUCUCAGCACAGUUGCCAGAAUUGUCCUGUUAAAAUAACAGUGGUAUCGUUUUGCUACUUACAGUAAUGCACUGUGAAAACAAUAAUACAUUUUACGAUGAAAGGAACUGGCAGUUUAGUCACCAGAAUUUCACCGUAAAAAAUACAAAUAUAAUUGUAUUAAAUGGUGAUUAUGUCCAAUUAUUAAUCUACAGUGAUCUUGUGAAUAAUGAAGUUUGACAACAAUAGUUUUUAAACAUGUAAAAUAUCCAAAUGGCUUCCUCUGAACUUGUACUGUAAAUAUAUGAUAAAUAUAUAAAUAUAUACUAUAUAUGAUCGAUAGAUAUUGAUCAUUAGAACGUCUUCUUGUGUGAGUCGAAGUAAACGUGUACCUAAUGUUCUGUCCAGUGUGCUGUCAAUGAUACAGUAGAGUAUUAUAUAUAUAUAU